GGCUCACAAAUAUCAUCGGCGACUCUAGCACCAUGGCUCAAGACUUUAACUGGAAUCUACAAGGGCUUAAUAAACUUGAAUUCACUGCCUACGCAAAUCUUCUUGCACUUCGAAAUGGUGGACAAGUUGAGCCAAUCUCCCUGGGCACAGAGCUGUCUGACGAAAACGAGUCUACUACCGACAGCGAUGCGAUUAGUAUAGACACAAGCUACCCUAAUCAGAUUUCAGAUUCAGGUUAUCAUCAACUGAAAACAAAGUUCCUGGAUUGUCUGGCGGAACUGGCUGCUAAUAGAAAAGGCGGCAAAUACGUUGCAUGUUCCAGUAUGAUGGAGGGCGAGGAGAAUGUGACGCUUUGGAUCACACGAAAUGGAGGCUUUCAGAUUGUGGACAACAUUUUCUUUGCCAAUUUGAGCAAGCAUUUAAGUGGUUUGUUCCACAGAAAAGACUGGACGAAUCGAACAGAUGAGGAGGUGCUUUGGAAUGAAUUGUUGGCGUAUUAUGAAGACCGUCUCGAAAACACAUAUAUUCCGAACCUAAGAUUGAGCCUUAAAGGCUGCAACACAGUAUUCAGUGAUGGCAACAACGACAAAUUCGCUACAGCACGUAACGAGCUCUCGGCUCUUCAAAAUUUGGCUUUUGCUAGGCUGAAGGCGGGUCAGACAUUGAUUGACAGACAUGGCAUGCUUACCACAAAAGCAUAUGAAUUACGAAAAAGUAAAGUCGUCGAGGAACUUCUCCAAACAUCUCCGAAGUCUACAAAGCAAACCAGGAAACUAUGGAUUGAUAUCUACUUUCUCAGUAGGCUUCGUGUCACACUUGAGAAGUUCAAAGAGGUUUCUCUUAAGCUCCCAAGUUUCAACAAUGUUACCAUAAUCCCAGUGACCGGUGAUAGGAUACCGCAAAAGGCGCUCAGGGAUGCACUCAAGCUAAGAGAGACCUUGAAUCUCCUUGAUCUCGCGACCGACACCUUGACAGUCGAAACUGUGAUCGGACCAAGCUGGACUGUUGCCAAGGCUGAGCGGGAGUACGGGAAAUUGCAAAAACAGGCUCUCAACAUACAUGCUGAGAUUCAAAUGAUUCUGUUCUUGAGUAGGAAUGAGCAGUUGUUGGAUCAGUCAUUCGACUAUUUUGGUUGCAGCAAAUACAGUUGUUUCAUGUGCUCACAGUUCCUCAAGGCACAUGGCAGGAUUGGCACAAGAGGUUGCCAUGGACGACUAUUCAAACCCUGGACGGUACCUGAAGCAACAGGACUGGCUUCUAGCCAGGUGAAUAGAGUAGUCAGAUCAGUGGUACAAGUGCAAAAGGAAAUUGAGAAAGAAUUGAAGUCGGGCUUCGAUAAAGCAAUACGACUAGAAAAAACAUCUGCUGUUGGCGGGAGCAGCAUAUUCAGUGACCACAAGGCUGAAAAGUCAGGUAAGCACCUGGUAGUAGAGCAGAGAAAAAAGAAAAUGGAGCAAGAAAGAGUCUCUGGGCUGUUCAAUAGAUUAUCGGUAGGGAAGAGUGAUGCCGCUUUCCUAGAGCCCACCCGGGGAAAUCCGCCAGGCGGCGCAUUUGCUGAGUCAAAUCAACUCGGUGAAUGUUAUACCUGCUAUAGAGUGACAUCGCGACAGUGCAGUAUCUGUAAUAAAGAUUUCUUUUGCAGUGAAUCAUGCGAAACAGAGACAAACGGGUCACAUUUAUUCACGUGUGCCAAGCGACCGCUCACCUCGGCUGAUUAUCUUUUCAGGAACAUUGUGGAGGAUACUAUCCCUAACGAGGGAGAUGUUCUUGAAGAUUUCGGCUUCAAUUGUCUAACAUCAUUUGCAGACCAUUGUAAGCUUCUAGGGCUUUACAAGGGGUUAUGGCUCGGCGGUGUCCCAGUUGAAGACAUUCACAAAUGGCAAGUUGAGGGUACCCUUAUCGCUAACAUUAAAAAAUACUUUUAUCAAAUUGAUGAAGCCUAUCGAGGGGGGCAUUUCCCGUGGUUUCUGGGCAAUCUACAUAUAUUGGAGAGACCACUAACUCAACAAGAGUCAACCCAGAAUAUGCUAGCCACAUUUUACGACCAGGCCCAAAUUUAUUUGGAUAAAGAAGACCAGCAUAAACAGCCAAUUCAAUUAGAACCCGAGGCCAAAAUGCUAUGCUAUGAACUUCUAGCGAUGGCUCUUCAUAUGGCAUGUCCAAAUCCAAUCCAAAAGAACUGGUACAACUUUGGUUUUUGCACCUGCGAUGACGAGCAAGAGGAAGGCGCGCUUGGGGGGCUCUACAAUCGAUUACUACUCGGGAACAAACUUUUUGAUGACCUUCGAGGCAAUAGUCAACACAUGGUUUAUGGUACCGCGCCGCUAACAGCUACCUUUACGGAAUUUUGGCAUGCAUACGAGUCUGGUACAUUAAUCAAACUCAUGGACUCCAAAGGUCUGAAAGAAACGCGAUCGAGAUUUAGGUUCCUGGAACAGUUUCUGUCAGUACCCCCCUCCGGCCCACAACCUUCAAUCUGGUCAUUGAAACAGUUCGUAGCCAUUGACAAUCCUGCUGAGUUUCUACCAAGUCCAACACUAGAAGUGGAUUAUGGGUUCAUAAAUUGCCAAACUUUUGAAGAGAUAUGCAUUUUGUUGGAGAUUUACAAGAGACUUCUGAAAGUGGCCAAUCCGCUAGCGCUUCACGAAGCUUGUUUGGACGGUAGACUUUUUGAGUUCGCAAAUUGGUUUCAUGAUAUGGAUGAGAGUCAUCGGAGAUUGAUGAGGAAUUUAUAUCCUUUGCGAUCGGAGCCAGAGUUGACCAGCGUACCGAAGAUUUUGCUUAUCCUCGUCAUUCUCUAUUCACUAUUUCUUUACACGAUGCAACAAGUAGUUCUAUAUAUUUCUCCUUCUGUUUGAAUGGAAUUAAGUUAAAUCUGGGUGCUGAUAUCUUCGACAUAGCUUACAAUCAAGCCCAAGACAAAAUCAGACACUGCGAAUUCCAUACCCAGACUGAGGCGAGGGUAAGAUCAGGCCAGACCAGAUCGGAUCUCGUUUGUGCAACCCCUCGCUUAUGUGACCAAGAUAAACAUAUUCCGAAUAUAAACUUAAUUUAACGACAAUCUGUCACAUACGACCAUAGACUGAAGAGAAUUGGGCAUCCCGUCCGCUCUGCCAUACACAAGCUUCAGAUCGGUGGAUUAGUAGUUGGGUGGGUGACCACCAGCGAAUCCCCACUGUUGUAUGUUUUUUUUUGCCAUUUUUUGUUUCUUUUUGCAAUUUCGGAGAAAUGUCACAGUCGAUGUUGGGGAGGGCGACGAAUAGCAGAUUCGUGACGUUGGAUUUCCAUUUUGGCUUUUAGUUCAGUAUGGCUUAAUGAUGAAUAACUUAACUACAUGUUUGAUGAUGGAGGAAGAGGACUGUUCUCGAGAGAGUUAAAGGCCUGUUUGUUGUGUGGUCAUCAAUACGUGAGAUGUUCCUGAUCAGGCCAUCUGUGUCUUGUAUUUGGGUUAGUCUCCCGGUACUAGUGCUCUAUUCAUAAUAAUUAUUAUUUUGCA